AUGGCAUCUCGAAAUUUUAAAGUUGGAACUGUCUAUACCAGAGUAUUAGGACUAUUAAAAUCUGGAGCAAUUAAGCAAAAGCCCUUGUGGUUCGAUAUUGUUGAAACCUUCCCACCUAUUUUACCGACAAUGCAUAAUCGUGCUCCAGUACCCGGAAGAGCAAGAAAACUACAGUAUUGGGAAGAUGAAGUCAGAGAAAAGUUUUAUAAGGAAUUUAAGUUCAUUGAACCUGUUAACUUAUAUGAAACUGACAAUAAACCAACAAUAUGUGAUAGAUUUAUUAUGCACUACGAACAAUUCAGUCAAGAAGAAACAGAUGGUGAUGUUGCAUUUGCAAAAUCAAAGGAGGCAUUGGAACAAGAAGGAGUAACUUUUAGUCGAAUUAAGGAAAAGGAAGAGAAAGAAGCAGUUCCUGUUAAAGAAAAUACAGCUAGUGAAGACAAUGCUUCAAUAGAAAAUAUCUUUCAAUUGUAG